AUGGCCUGGACCUGGGAGUGCGUCGUUGUGGCGUUGGUGGUCGGGUUCACCUGCGUGGCAUGCCAAUGCGUUUGCUGGGUGGUGACCAUUGAGAGUACGAUUUUUGAUUGUCGUAAUGGCGCCGUAAAGGAGCCUGAGGAAGAGCAGGCCAACCUGGUGGAAGCCCCCCGCAGCCAUGGGGAGCUCCUCAAGGAGCUCCACGCCCAAGGGCGUGUUGUGCGCAUGCAAGCACGGCUCAUGCUGCUGGUGGUGUUGGUGCCACUGGCCGCGGCCGCCUGGACGAGCUGCGCCGGAGGCUUGCCGCUCUGGGCUUAUGGCCUGUACCUGCCCUUUUUGGUCUACAACAAAGCUGUCGAGGUCCAGUUGCUGGUGCGGCUGCAGGUGCCGGUGACGUUUGGAGUCAUCUUUGACUUCACCAUGGGCGUCCUCGAACAUGCAGAUUGGUUUACGGAUGGAGCCAUGCCCAUCCAGGCUUUCCAGUGUGAUCCGGAUGCAACAGAGGCAUGGGUCACGGCUUUCGAGGCCUCCUGGGCCUGGCCCCUGGCACCGGUGGUGCGAUGGCUGCGGUUCUGGGGAGUGCUGCUCCUGGCCUUCGGGGCUGCCGCGGGCGCCCAGCAGGCUCUCGCGACCGGGCGGACGCAGCCGCUCGUCGACACGGCCCUCGCAGCGGACACGGCCGGGAUGGGCGCCGUGGCCGCCUUCUGCGAUGGGAAGCCAGGAGGAACAAAGGGCUUGAAGACGUUCGUUACCAACAUCACCAAAGUCCUGCUGGAGAAUCUCGUCCAACUCUAUUUGCAGGCGAGCUUUUAUGCGAUCAUAUUCGACCAGCUCAGCGACGCCGGGCGAAUCAAACUGCUCGCCAGCAUGGCGCUGGGGAUUGCAGCGGCCAGCAAGAAGCUGCUGGAAGGGGUUCUUGCGGCCUCGUCCCAACCACCAUGGACCCAAGCCGCAGGCUUCGUGACCCUGCUCCUGGGUCUCACUGCCUUAGUUUGGGUUCUCACCAAAUUAAUCAAAGCCCACACAUGUGAAUCCCACAUAUGGAAUCUUACGACGGGCUGCUUGCACGACUGA